AUGAAGAAAACGGCAGUUUGGACUCUUCUUUGUGGCUACUGCUUAGCUGCUGAUGCAAUUGCAGCCGCUGCUGCCGCAGACCCUGUCACUACAGCAACAACCGUAGCAAAUGCUGCUGCUGCUGCUGUUGCUGACACGCCAACCACUGGUGCAGCUACAACCACAGCGGGCGCUGUUGCUGCUGCUGCUGCUGCUGAUACCGCAACUACUGGCGCUGCUACAACUGGCGCUGCUACAACUGGCGCUGCUACAACUGGCGCUGCUACAACUGGCGCUGCUACAACUGGCGCUGCUACAACAGGCGCUGCUACAGCCACUACAGGUGCAGCAACAACAGGUGCAGCAACGACGGGCACCGCCACAGGAACUACCAAAACUGGCACAGCUACUUCUAAAACGGGUACUACGGGUACAGCUACGACCCCUGUUGGAGCUGCUGGUGCUGAUACUGAUACUGCCACAACUGGUACUACGAGAACUCCCGCAGACGCUGCAACUGCCGAUACUGCUGCAGCAGGCGCAGAAACGGCUUCUACAUCGGUCAAUACAGCCACCAUGGAUGCUGCUCAACUUGCUGCUUACACUGCUACAGCCAAAACAGCAUCUUCGUCAGUUAAUACAGCCACCAUGGAUGCUGCCCAACUUGCCGCUUAUACAGCCACAGCCAAAACAGACACAGCAGAAACAGCCGCCUCAACUACAGCAAACCCAGACACCGCAAAUGAUAGUACUGGUGUUGAUGACACUACAAAAGGUCUUUCUUUUGUCACUACAAGAGUGAUGAGGUCCACUUCCUCUAGUGAAAAUCAAGAGUCAUCUACUGAAUCCGGUGCAGAAAGUAGUCAAUCGGGAAAUACAGGAUCACUUGUUAAAGUGAGCCCAAUUUUAGCUUGUUUAUUUUAUUUUGGCUCAAUAGUUUUAUAG